CUCGCCGGAGAGUUUCAGCAGGCUGACAGUAGAGGGGGAGAGAGAGAAAGAGAAAUGGCGCCUCGGCACUUCGCUAGCUGAGACACACAGUCGGAGCGAAAGCAAAACUGACAAGAGCUUCAAGACAGGACCCGUUUAUCAGCGGGGACAGACAGCGACCAUGGUGAACACCAGGAAGAGCUCGGAGCACAAGCCCAGCAGUCCCUUCAUCUCGGGCCGGACGAGGUCGUCUCAGAGGAACAACCCAAACUUGGACGAGCACAACAGCCGUAAAGAGCCCAGCAGUGAUGCUAACAGCAGUAGCCCGCGUUUGUCCCCGCCGCCCAAGCGGACACGCAGACAGACGCCACCAAGUUCUACUGAUACUUCUCCAAGUCCCCAGAGUAAAGGCCAGAGAGGCUCUUGGACCAUGUCCAAACACUGUACUAGGUUGUCCACUGGUGCCUUGCAGAAUGGACACACCAUAGGUCGAAUGAGUCUGAGGGGUGAUUCUACAUCAGGCGGGGACCAUGCUCGUAUGAAUGGUCAUGUUGAACUCAAGAGAAGCCGCCGUGUCAGGAAAUCCCAGUUUGAACACCUCAAUCAGAGUUUACUUUUCGACCAACUAGUCAACAGUACGGCAGAAGCAGUUCUUCAAGAGAUGGACAACAUCAGCAGCAUUCGGCAGAGUCGGGAAGUGGAGCGCCUCCGCAUGUGGACGGACACUGAACUGGAAAACAUGGACAUGUACUCCCGCGUAAAAAGGAGGAAGUCUUUGCGGAGGAACACGUAUGGAAUGCAGUCCCAUCACAAAGUCAUGAGCAAAUCAAAAGACCCUGAAGAGGAAGAAGGAACUGAAGAGUCUAAUGAGGAGGGAGAGGAGGAUGAAGAUGUGGAGGCUGAUGAUGAUGAUGAAGACGAUGAAGGAGAUGAGGCAGAAGAGGCCGGAGAGGAGAACGACAGACCGUAUAACCUCAGGCAGCGGAAAACUGUGCAGCGAUACGAAGCUCCCCCUAUAGAGCCAGUGAACAGGAAGCAAAGUAAGGGAUCUCUAUUCGACACACACCGAUCUCCUGCAAGAAGAAGCCAUAUUAGAAUAAAGAAGCAUGCCAUUCACAGUAGUGAAUCGACAUCAUCAUCUGAUGAAGAGCGUUUCGAGAGGCGGAAAAGCAAAAGCAUGAGCCGAGCUCGUAACAGGUGUUUACCCAUGAACCUGCGAGCAGAGGAUCUGGCCAGUGGCGUGCUUCGAGACAGAGUAAAAGUGGGUGCCAGUUUGGCCGACGUGGAUCCCAUGAAUCUGGACACUUCUGUGAAGUUUGACAGUGUUGGAGGUCUCACCCAUCACAUCCAGUCUUUGAAAGAGAUGGUCGUCUUUCCUCUACUUUAUCCACAAGUGUUUGAGAAGUUUAAGAUUCAGCCCCCAAGAGGGUGUCUGUUCUAUGGGCCUCCAGGAACUGGGAAGACGCUGGUGGCGAGGGCUUUAGCUAAUGAAUGCAGUCAGGGGGACAGGAAGGUUUCUUUCUUCAUGCGGAAGGGCGCCGACUGCCUCAGCAAGUGGGUGGGGGAGUCUGAACGACAGCUCCGCCUGCUUUUUGACCAGGCAUACCUCAUGAGACCCUCCAUCAUCUUUUUUGAUGAGAUUGAUGGCCUCGCUCCUGUUCGCUCCAGCAGGCAGGAUCAAAUUCACAGCUCCAUAGUGUCAACAUUACUGGCGUUGAUGGAUGGUUUGGACAGCCGGGGGGAGAUAGUGGUCAUCGGUGCUACAAACAGACUCGACUCUAUCGACCCUGCACUCAGGAGGCCCGGACGCUUCGACCGGGAGUUUCUGUUCAACCUGCCAGAUAAAAAGGCUCGAAAGCACAUUCUAGAAAUCCACACCAGGGACUGGAGCCCCAAACUAGCCGAGCCCUUCAUAGAUGAGCUAGCUGAGAGAUGUGUUGGUUACUGUGGUGCCGACAUUAAAGCACUUUGCACGGAGGCUGCGCUGGCGGCUCUGCGGCGGCGUUAUCCUCAGAUCUACGGCAGCAGUCAGCGCUAUCAGCUGGACGUGGCCUCCAUUGUUUUAGGGCCGCAGGACUUUGGUCGUGCCCUGCGCUCCAUUGUACCUGCCGGCCAAAGAGCCCUCGCUCCACCUGGCCAGGCCCUUUCCUGUGUCCUAAAGCCUCUUCUGGAGCCUACGCUGAAUCAAACACUGGCCUGCCUGACGCGAGUCUUCCCCCACGCAGAGCUCCUGCACAGGGAACACACACACGACAGUGACAAUCAUCUGUUGGUGGAGGACUCGUACAGUGAGGAUGAGGAAUGUCUUGGUGCUUCUUCCAUUUAUGAAACUCAGUCCGGAUCGCCGAAGAAAGCAGCUUCCUGCACGACCCAUAAACCCUUUCUCCAUUUUACCACUUCUGCCUACCAGCAGCCCACCUCUUACCGGCCGCGGCUGCUGCUGACGGGACCCCAGGGUGCGGGGCAGAGCACACACCUGGCCCCCGCUCUGCUGCACCACCUGGAGAAGUUCACUGUGCAUCGCCUCGACCUUCCCACACUUUACUCUGUCAGUGCCAAAACCCCAGAGGAGUCCUGCGCUCAGGUGUUUCGUGAGGCUCGGCGGUGUGUGCCCAGCAUCAUCUACAUGCCUCACAUCAGUGCCUGGUGGGAAGCCAUCAGCGAGACGGUGAAGAGCAGCUUCCUCAUGCUGCUGCAGGAUGUGCCCUCGUUCACGCCGCUCCUCAUCCUCGCCACAGCAGAGAGCGUCUACCAGCAGCUCCCUGAUGAGCUAAAAUGCAUCUUCAGCCGUUCGUAUGGAGAGGUGUUUUGUUUAAGCAUGCCAGGAGAAGAAGCUCGCAGGAAAUUCUUUUCAGACCUCAUUUUGGUGCAGGCAGCCAAAGCGCCACCCCGCAGGAGAAAAUCAGCGUGUGCUCUGGAGGUGCUGACCCUUUCUGAAGACCCCGGGCCUCGGCAGCUCUCAGCGGAGGAGCAGCGGCGACUGGAGGAGCAGGAGGAAAACACUUUGCGAGAGCUCCGACUCUUUCUCAGGGACGUCACAAAGCGGCUCGCCACUGACAAGCGCUUCCAGAUCUUCAGCAAGCCUGUGGACAUUGAAGAGGUGUCGGACUACCUCGAGGUUAUCACACAGCCUAUGGACUUGUCCGCCAUCAUGAUGAAGAUCGACAAACACAAGUACAUGGUCGCCAAGGAUUUUCUAGCAGACAUUGAUCUCAUUUGCAGCAACGCGUUAGAGUACAAUCCAGACAAAGACCCAGGAGAUAAAAUCAUCCGCCACAGGGCCUGCAGUUUGAAGGACACUGCGCACGCCAUGAUCGCCUCUGAACUGGACCCCGAGUUUGACCGCAUGUGCGAGGAGAUCAAGGAGUCCCGCAGGAAGAGAGCCCCUCAGACAGCACCCCAGCCGCCCGUCACUCCAAGCACUGUGGCAACCAGGAAGCCGAUGGGAGAGGAGGCGGGAUUAAGCAGCUCUCAGGGUGAUGGAGUGGACAAGCACUGCAGCAAUAACAUAAAGCGCAAAUUCCGCCGGCGACCGAUCUGGGGCCGAGGCAUCAUCCGAAAGAAAAAGAGCUAUAAAAAGGAGGAAGCGGAGGAAGAUGAUGAACCCGAGGAGGAAGAGGGAGCUGAGGAUUCGACAGUGAUGGCACAAGGCGACGCUUGUCUCACCCUGGACGAGUCCUCCUGCGACACCAUGGAGCUCCAUCCUGAAAAACAGCCGCUCCAGGCCAAUGGACACGUGCUCUCCACGGAGGAGGAGAACUCCUGCGAGCCCACGGCCGCUCGAGACGCUCAGGGUCAGGAGGAGGCUCCGUCAGAGGAGCCCACAGUGGCCCCGACAGUCCCCGCCCCUCAGGAGUGUGUGAAUGGGAAUGAAUCUAUGGACAGUGUGUACAGCGAGGCUCCUGAUAAAGACACUAUUAAAAGAGAUGCACUUGAACAGAAACCAACAGAGCAUAAAGAAGCUUCUGGCACAGAAUGCAGUACUGGGGAGAAUACGAGGACAGCGGAGGCAGUGGCAUCUGAUGGCGACCAUGAAAAAGAAGGUUCAUCAAAAGGGAAGGAAUGUGGGAAAGGUCUGUCAGAAGUGCAGGCGGAGGAACCAGCUGUCAGACUCCAGGAGGCUGUGCAACUUCCACCACCUCCUGAUCUUGUGGUUGACCAUCAGCGGCUCAAGGCUCUGCUGGAGCAGGCGGUGGUGAAGAGCGAGGGCUUCAGUGUGGAUCAUCUGGAGAGAGUUUUCUCUGCUCUCAGCCAGUGCAUUUACCAGCACCGCCGAGACUACGACAAGACCAGACUCAUAGAGGCCAUGGAGAGGCAAGUUGAGCAUUUCGAAACAUUCCUGUGAUGAAACGAGGGCUUUCAGAGAGAGGGAGAAACGUGAGAUCGAGACUCUUUUGAUAGCAGAGGGGAAAAGCAGCGUCCUGAGCCAAAUCCUCCACACCGAGCCGGUCUGGACGCCUCAAGAAAAACACACACACUCACACACAGAAGAAGAAAAAAAAAGAGGUGCAGACAAUAGAAACAAAGGCGACUUGGUGCUAUCAUCUCAGGUACCUGAAACAGAACCAGUCUACAGAACCAAACACAACAAAAACUCCUGGAAGUUUCCUUUUCGUUCCUUUUCGUCGUUGUUAUCUUUUCUUUUUUUGGUAAACUCACACACAUGCCAAUUGCCGGUGAUCAUUCUUGGUGCUAUUGGGUGCUAUUGUUCUUUUUAUUUUCCGUCUGCUGCUCCUUGUUCUUCUCAUUAAUGAGCAAACAAAACACAAACCGUACAAAAUAAAAGAUUGUGUGAUGUCACAAAGCAACCUCAGCCUCCGUCUACUGGACGCAAACAAACAAACAAACACACACAGAUAUUCUCACCAGCAGUGGAAAAAAUCAAAGCACCUGGUCAUUUUCUGUGGAAAAAAACACACAUCACCCUCUUUGUAUAGCUCUGUAGUGUCACCAUUGAGAUUAUCAACACCUUUUUAGAUACUUCUGCUGGAAAACGAAACAAACACACAUUUUGUAGGGACGUCUUUAACGUUGUUUUCUACUGGGUGUUAAUUGUACGAUUCGCAAGAAGACCUCUGUAUUGUAAAAACCCAACUUUACCUUGUGUUCUCUGACCAAGAUGUUUGUAGAAUUGAAUGAAAAAAGACAGAUUUUGGUUUAAAAUAGGUCUUUAGGAGAGAAAUGGUAUUAUUUUUAGAGCCAUCACAUAUUCCCCUCUUUAGAAUAGUUCUUUUUUUGGCAUUUUAACUGGAUUUAUGGCUGGAUAUCUGGAGAUUGCACUGCCUGGCGUGUGCCUUAACUUUUAAAAUAGGCUGAGGAAAAAAAAAAA